AUGCCAGGCGGCGUUUGCGCGAAUCUCGACUAUGAGCCCGAGCCGAUGGGCGAGUAUGUGUCCGAAAUGUCGACGCGACUCGUCAUGCCCAACGAGACAGUCACUCCUGCUUUCCGGAAGUUUGUGUUGGGGAUUCUCAAUUCGACACGGUUGCCUCGCACCACUAUCCUCCUCGGACUCAACUACCUCGCCAAACGCGUCAACAUGCUCAACCAAGCGGGUGCAUUGAAGGCAAGCGAGGGCCAGCUCUGGAAGAUGCUCACAGUCUCAUUGCUCCUUGGUAGCAAGUUUCUAGACGACAACACCUUUCAGAAUCGAUCGUGGUCCGACGUCAGUGGCAUCCCGGUGGCAGAACUCAACACCAUGGAAAAUGAAUGGCUGAUAAGUAUUGAGUGGGGGUUGUACGUAAACCUUGACCGAAGUCACGACUACAAUGCCUGGAUCAAGAGCUGGAAGGAUUGGCAGGACACCAAGCGACACCAGAUCCAGCAGCAGCAGCAGCAACAACAUCAAUCACAGGCUGCUAUGCGCGAGAGGUUGGCGCCCAUUGUUACAGCCAUGCGCCCCGUCUCAGUCCAGAAGCAUCACCCUCUGACUCUCGAAGGCUGGACGCCCGAGGAGAUUGCCGAGCACGAACGUCUCAAUUUGAACUCCAGACUCGUGCGCUCCGGCAAGACCGCCUACGGACCACGCGACGCAUCUUGGCAGGGCCAGUACCAGAGUGGUUGGCCCCAGGCUCAAGCCCCGCUGACUCCUCCCGAUUCUGGCUACGGUACACCAGAGUAUUUGAACUCGGCGGCUUCGAUGAACUCUCGCUACAACGAGUGGUCCAACCACGCCGUGGUCAAUGGCAAUUACAACCGAGGAUACCAGCCGUCAGCCGGUCCCAACAGCUAUUCGUCUUCGAGACACAGUUCUCACUUCCACCAGCCCUACUUCAACCAUGGUCAUUUUGGCCAGAACGCCUGGGACUCCAGUGCUGCCGACUGUAACUGCUCCCAGUGUGUGACCGCUAUGCACACCAAGACAGCUCCGUACUUUCAGGCUCAUGUCUACGGUCAAACUGUCAUGGGCUGA